AAAAAAACACCACCUAAGCACUGUGACACCAUGGAGUCAAGGACCCCAGAUAUAGAAACCAACAGCGUGGCCACCUCUCCUGAAGGGAUGAAAGAAGACGCUUUAGGUUGGUCUGUCGACCCGGCUAACGCGCAAAAUUGGACUUUGCCCAAAAAGAUAUACAACACCUCGAUCCCAUCGCUCCUAUGCUUGCUCAUAUCAUUUGGUCUGGCUAUCUAUUCACCAUCCCACACCAAAGCUCAAGACGCUUUUCAUACCAGUAUAACUAUGUCACUCCUCCCGUUCACCCUGUACGUGUACGGCUUGGCAUUUGGCCCCGUGAUAUCCGCUCCCUUGAGUGAGACUUUUGGGCGCCGCUUCAUAUACAUCAUUAUGACCCCACUGGCCCUUCUCUUUAUUCUGGGCGCAGGCUUCGCCAAAAAUUUAGCCACCCUUGCUAUCUGCCGUUUGCUAGCUGGCAUACUAGGAUCCGCGCCUCUUGCCGUGGGUGCUGGGACAAUCAUGGAUAUUUGGACAGGCCAUUACCCCAAUCGCGGAGUAGUCGUGUUGAUGAUGAUCGCUUUUUUGGGACCGGCGCUGGGCAGCUUAGUGGGUGGCUUUAUUGCGGAAUACAAAGACUGGCGCUGGUCUCAAUGGACAACGUUGUUCUUUGGGGCAGCGCUCUGGGUCUAUGUUUUGGGCGCACAAGAGACAUACGCGAGCCCCAUCCGCCGUCGCCAAGCGCAGAAAAUGGGGUUACCCCCACCACCCAAACCUAUCCCCAGUGGUAUGGCUGGAGUCAAGGUUCUCCUGACUGUGACCCUGGCACGGCCGCUAUACAUGCUGCUCACCGAGCCGAUUGUUCUCCUCUGCUCCCUCUAUGCCUCCUUGAACUUCUCCGUGCUGUUCUGUUUCCUGGCCUCGGUGCCGCUCAUCUACAAUAACAACUAUGGCUUUUCGCCGGGACAGUGUGGGCUGGCCUUCAUCGGCAUUGCCGUGGGGUGUCUCAUUGGCGCUCUCGUGCUGAUCCUCCUCGACAGACACACCUUGGCCAAGCACCAUGCGCGCAAUCAGAACGUGACGGCGCCUCCAGAACGACUGCUCGUAGGAGCAAUGGUGGGUAGUCCCCUGAUGCCCGCGGCGUUAUUCUGGUUUGCUUGGACCUCCCUGCCGGGGAUCCAUUGGAUUAGCAGUAUCAUCGCCAUGGCACUCUUCGGCUGCUCAAAUAUUCUCAUUUUUGUUUCAACGGCGUUAUAUCUCACAAAUGUAUACGGGGCCAAGUACGGGGCCUCAGCUUUGGCGGCGAACGGUCUACUGCGAUACUGUGUGGGCGGUUCCUUUCCUUUGUUUACCAUUGCAAGUAGGUUUCCAUGAUCCUGACCACUGACUGAUGCUAAUGGCUGGCUGACAUAGUGUACAACAAUCUUGGUUUUACCUGGGCUUCCAGUUUACUGGGCUUCCUUUCCGUGGGGUUCUCUCCUCUGCCGUGGAUAUUCUACCGGUUCGGACGGAAGAUUCGUCAGUCGAGCGCUUAUACGUCGUGAAUAUGUUACAUGAAGUCGGCUACCGCAGGCGUACAUGGCAUGUGCUUUUUUC